AAGUGCUGGGUCCAAGUGGUUCAGUUUUUCCUGUGAUUCCAUGGCUCCAAAGCCGGAGGCUGUGGAGGACUGCCGUGGAUUCUGACCUCAGCUAUUUCUCACCCCAGGGUGAAGGUGGGAGCAGACCCGCCCUUCCCCGGCUUCCUAUAAGGGCAGACGUCCUGGGACUACAGGUUCACACACCACCAUGAGGCUGUCUAGGAGACACAGGACUUUCCUGCUGGCUGGCACACUGCUCUGCACCCUCUUGGGUCUCGGGUACCCUCUAAGCUGCGAGGUGUGCAGGGGCUCGGGGCACACGUGCAGUGGAAAAAUGAAGACCUGCGAUGCCGGCAAAGACGCAUGCGUGGUUCUCGUGGGCGAAUCCAGCACAAAGGGCCGGAAGUCAGUGACCACCUUCAAGGCGUGCACGAAGUUUAAAGACUGUUACUCCGGCUUCGUAUCCACUACCAUGAGUCCCAAUGACUACAUGGUGUCCAACGCCCACUGCUGUCAAAGUGACGGUUGCAACAGUGGCCCUGUGCCCCCUCCCCAGAACAAUCGAACCGAGAACGGCCUGAUGUGUCCCUCCUGCAUUGUGCCCUUCCAGGAGACGUGCCCAGGAACCGAGGCAGCCCGGUGCGUGGGCCCGGAAACACAUUGCAUCUAUUUCGCUGGCAACGUGCAGGCUGGUAUUAUUAAUACGAAAUUUGCCACGAGGGGCUGUGCUACGGAGACCGCCUGCCACACCAAGGUAGGAGCUGAGGUCCCUUCAGCCUACUAUGUGUACUUCCUGCGCCGGGCCGACUGCCUUCCAGCCCCGUACCCCCCUGGCAGGGGUGAGUGAAGAAUUGAGGAGGGCGUGACUUGAGGUGCCUGUCUGUUCUCAGCCUGUAGCUCUCCACGUGCCUGUAAAUUAAAACAGAUAAAAAGAGCAAACCUCAUUCAUUAUGCCCUGAGGCAUCUUGGGAAGGUGGGCUGUACCACAGUAUAG